AUGGCGGCAGUCGGACACUUGGGCGCCGUCCAGACGACCCUCAUCUCCCAGGGCACGGGUUACGGCAUCCUGAUAGGUCUGGGCGUGGGGUUCUGCGGCGUCAUCCUCAUCGCCGUCAAGAUUCAAAAGUCCUAUCUGGCCGAGGACUCGGGAACGUCCGAGAUGUUCAUGGUGGCCAACCGGUCCGUCGGGACUGGUUUGACGGCCUCGGCUGUAUUCUCCUCGUGGAUGUGGAUUAAUGAGACUGUCUUCUCGGCGGCAAUGUGUUACAAGUUUGGCUUGGCUGUACCGUUUUGGUGGGCAACUGGAUUAUGUUUUCAGAUCGCCUUGAUGGCGGCUCUCGGAGUCAUGGCCAAGAUACGAGUUCCCUAUGCUCACACGUCGCUGGAGAUCAUCCGCAUCCGCUACGGUUGGCUGGGCCACGUCGUCUUCAUCACGCUCAACCUGACCAACAAUGUGUUUGGAUGUGCGUCCAUGAUCCUGACCGGGUCUCAGCUCAUCCACGGCAUCUCGGGCAUGCACUUUGUCGCUUCUACACUUCUCAUUCCUCUAGGAGUCAUCCUUUACACGGCCGUUGGCGGUCUCAAGGCCACCUUCAUCACCGACUACCUGCACACGCUGGUGGCCCUAGUCCUGAUCAUCUACUUCACGCUGUCCGUUUUGACACACGACGCCGUCGGCGGACUCGGCGGACUGUACGACAAGGUCCGGGCGACGGCGUCGGAGAACCUGAUCGACGGCAACUAUCAGGGCUCCCUGCUGACGAUGAAGUCGCGCGACGCCAUCAUAUGGGGGCUGAUCCUCAAGUUCGGCAACCUAGCCCUGGUGAUCAUGGACACGGCCUUCUGGCAGAAGUCGUUCGCCACAGAGGUCAAGGCCACGGUUCCCGGGUACAACCUGGCGGCGGCAGCCAUCUUCGGCAUCCCGUGGGGUCUGGGCACGGUGCUGGGCCUGUCGGCGCGCGCCCUCCACAACACCUCCGUCUGGCCCGGGUACCCCGUGGACAUCACCAUGGCCGAGGUCAACGCCGGCUACGUGAUGCCGUACCUGGUAAAGGGCCUGAUCGGCACCAGGGGCGUCGACGCCUUCCUGGUCCUCAUGUUCAUGGCCCUCACCAGCACCAUCUCGUCUUCCAUGAUCGCCGUGAGCAGCAUCCUGUCCUUUGACGUGUACAAGACCUACAUCAACCCGUGCGCCACGGACAAGAAGCUCGUCUCGGUCAGCCACCUGACCGUCGUCAUCCACGGCGUCUUCAUCACCGGCGUCUCCCUCGCCCUCAACUACGGCGGCGCCGACAUGACGUGGAUCGGCUACUUCCGCCCCGUCCUGUCCUGCCCAGGCAUCAUCCCCCUCGCCCUCACCCUGUGCUGGUCGCGCCAGACUCGCCUCGCCGCCAUCGCCUCUCCCGUCCUCGGCUUCUUCAGCGGUCUGGCCGUCUGGCUGGGCACCGCCUACGCCAUCUACGGCAAGGUCAACAUGACCACGACCGAGGGGAGCCUGCCUGCCCUCUUCGGCGCCAUCACCUCCUUCUUCUCCCCGGCCAUCUACUCCGUCGUCAUCUCCCUGUACAGGCCCUACGUCUUCGACUGGCGCAAGUUUCUAGUUGCCGAGAUCGUCGAGGAGCGUCGUCUCCACAAGGAGGACCCCGACCCCGCGACGAGCCAGGUGAGGGUCGACUCAGGAUCCGGGCUGGACUCGUCCGACUUCGACGCCGCCGCCAUCUCGCUCGACGACGUGCAGCACCCCUUCGACGAAGCUACGCUGAGGGAGCUCCGCCGCUGGUACCGCAUCGCCUGCUACAUAUUCGUGGGCAUCGUCCUCGUCACCUUUGUGGCCUGGCCCAUGCCGCUGUACCGCGACUACAUCUUCACCAAAACCUUCUUCAAGAGCUGGACCACCGUAGCCAUCAUAUGGCAAUUCUUCGCAUUCUUCGCCGUCGUCGUCUACCCUCUUUACGACGGUCGGUACGAGAUUGCAAAGGGGUACAGGGGUGUCUGGAAGGAGGUCAGCCGGCGUAUACGUUUUAAGAACGGGGAGUGA